AUGGCCUCUCAAAUUGAAGAUAUUUUUUUAGACAUAGAAACUUUAAUUGAAUUUCAGCUCCAAGAUAACAUUCAGAAUCAUUCGGAAGUAGAACAAAAAUUCAAGGAUGUUUUUAUACUAAUUAGUGAUAUCGAAGUUGAUGACGAGAGCCAACAUGGGUUAUAUAGAUAUAAAUAUCACACAAAAUAUAACAGCUACUUAAAAACGAUUGGUAAUAUGGAAAGUGCUAAUAAACAAGAAAAAUUAGCAAAAAAUUUCGAAAAAUACUCGAAUACUCAUUCCGAAAAAAUGCCAUUCAAAAUAUUGCUUGAAGAUGUUAUCGUUAAUCAAGACUGUAAUCGUAAAGAUGAGAAAAAUGAAAAAGUCGAGGAAGUCAACAAACAAUUAAAGAACGAGAAAGUCGAGGAAGUCAACAAACAAUUAAAGAAUGAGAAAGUCGAGGAAGUCAGCAAACCAUUAAAGAAUGAGAAAGUCGAGGAAGUCAACAAACCAUUAAAGAAUGAGAAAGUAGAGGAAGUCAACCAACCAUUAAAGAAUGAGAAAGUCGAGGAAGUCAGCAAACCAUUAAAGAAUGAGAAAGUCGAGGAAGUCAGCAAACCAUUAAAGAAUGAGAAAGUCGAGGAAGUCAGCAAACCAUUAAAGAAUGAGAAAGUCGAGGAAGUCAACCAACCAUUAAAGAAUGAGAAAGUCGAGGAAGUCAACCAACCAUUAAAAAAUAAGAAAGUUAAGGAAGUCAACGAACAAUUAAAAAAUGAGAAAGUUGAAGAGGUCAACAACCUAUUAAAGAAAUUCGACGAACUUUUUGAAAGUACGAGUAAAAGUUUAAUAAACGAAUUAACUGAACCUGAUUUAGCGAAUAAAGUUAUUGAUGGAAUAAAAGAAAUUUUUGAAAAACUUAAUCGAGUAAUUACGACCUUUGAAGGCUACGGUGAAACCAUAAAAUAUGAGAAUUAUAUGUGUAAAUUAGCUGACAAUUUAAUCAGUGAAAAGUUAAUCUUUCUGGAAGCUUCUGAGACUUCGGAUGAUAGCAUUGGUGUAGGAAAACUUAACCACAAACCUUCAAAAGUGAAAAAUAUUAGUACAGAGUUAUUAGAUUGUCUGAAAAAUCUAAAAUCAUUGGCACGUGAUGUGGCAUAUUUAAAAAGAACAGAAUUUAUUUCGUUUGUAUCGAAUUAUUCAAAUAAAAGAGAGUUAUUAUUUGGAAACGUUAUAAAUACAGAAGAGGAGAUUAAUAAACGUGCUAGAGUUCUUGGAUCAUAUUUUCAUCCAGAUAGAACAAAAAAUUCAUGUUGCCCAUUGGGGCUUCAAGGAGUAUAUAAAAGUCAAGGUGAUGAGUUAUUUAAACUAAUUUUCGGGCUCAAAGAGCAUUUAUUGAAUAAGUUGACAAAUAGGUGUGCUUCAGAAUUCGAGGAUGACGUAAAUGACUACGAAAAAUACGGAAAUGACCUUUGGAAAAUCACGAUGGAUUAUCAUAAUGCGUCAAAAGGACAAUGGAAUAAGCUAAGAGUGUUAAAGGAAGAUGAUAUUAAGGAGCUUUCUGAUGAAGAAUUAAAGCAAGAAAGCACGUAUAUGGGAGACUUAGCCUAUCAUCAAUAUCGAGCGGCAUGCAAAAUUGCGGAUAAAAAUAAAUUAUUAAAAAGACAAGUAAAAUUACGUGGAUAUAUGGCAUUAUGCCAAUACUUUGUAAAAAAAGACUUUCUAACAGCUCAGCUAUAUGCUUUGGCGGCAAUUCAUUUGCAAAUUCAGAAUCAGAAUAAUUUUACGUUACAGGAAUUAAAUGAAGCAAAAAAAAUAUUUGAUAAAGUUAAGGGAAAAGGAGGAGAGAGAGAGAAGGAGAAAAAGUAUGCGUCGCCCGAUUUACUCGAUUCGAGUACUGAUAUUGAAUUAAAUAGUGAAUUCAAUAAUGCGAUGGUUUUAAUAGGAGCAAAAGACCAAGUGAUCUCCUUUAAUGGCAUAAGGAUUAUUCGGAAUUCAAUCAAUAAAGAUUUAGAAAAUAUUGCAUUUAAAUUAUUGGUUGGAGCGGAUCGUAGUAUGGUUCAUUAUCAAUCAUCACACAAGGAAAUUUUGCGUACAACAAGGCAUGCAAAGAUGUAUAUGGCUAAAGGAAGUGUAACUAUGGGAGGUGGUGGAGUAGGAGGAGCAGCAGCGGUCAUAGGUGCCAGUGGUCCAAUUUUAUUAAUUGCUGGAGCAGCUUCGAUUGCUCUUGGAUUAUAUGGCGGUUAUUUAAACGCCUAUGAUAAAGGAAAAUAUCAGGAGUUCAUCAAUGCACUUUCCGAAGAAUAUGAUGAAAAUAAUCACAUAAGCCUCAUAAUAAGCCGCAAUAAAAUUAAAGGAAUAGAUGAUAUAGUGAAGAAGCUUAUAAAGCAUGGUUUUAGAUCAGAUGGUAUUGCAUAUCUACUUGUUCUGCUUGGGGAGGUCAUAUAUAGUGGAAAAACAAAAAUAAAUGGCACAUAUACUGAUCUUAAAACCCAAGCAAAGAGAUGUUUUGAAGAGGCGCUAAGUGAUGAACUUGUUGAGGAGGCAAGAAAGUUAGAUGACUGUACUAGCGAGUUAAGAAAAACAAGUAAAGAGCACGCAGAAGACUCUCUAGAAAUGCCAUUCUAUUCAAGACUAGAAGAAAUACAUAACAUUGCAAGGAUUAAUAUUAUAAUAUUGAAUAUAACAGAAUUUUCAAGGGAUGCAUUUGAAGAAGCCACCAAAAUCAUUAAGGAGAUUCGAGAAUCGACAAUAGAAAAUCAUCAUUUCGUUAGCGAAACUGAAGCACGCUUAGAAGCUUUGGAGAAUGUCUUGUGGAUAACUAGUGGAGAGAAUUUACCUGAUAAAUCUUUGACAUUUCCUGCCAUAUUACCCGCUGCAACGCAAUUGGCUCAGGAGUCGAAUGACAAAUAUAUUAAUUACUUGGAUAAUCAACUGUCUUUUAAUCAGGAAAAAAAGCCUCACAAUGAUAAAGCAAUUUAUUUACAGCAUAAGGCUGAAAAAGCAGCUGAAACUAACAAGUUAGACAGUUUACGUUAUUGGCAACGUACUCAAGAAAGUUAUGAAACAGCACGUGAGAUGGAUCCUGGCAAUCCGAAUUAUUCACUUGGAUUUGCAAGAUGCUUACUAAACUUAUCUAAAUACACACAAGUUAUCGAUCUUUCUGAUGUAUGCCCCGUAUUAAAUUCUUCACCUGAAUACUGGCAUUAUCGAAGUAUAGCUUAUUUUAAGCAUAAAAAGUAUAAAGAAGUUAUAAUUUGCAAUGCUGAGGCAUUGAAGCUAGAUCCUAAAAGUAAUUUUCCCGAUAAAUAUAAAAAACUUGCCAAAAAAUUUGAUGCAGAAAAUAUGAUCGAAAACCGUAUUAACAACUAUAAAGGAGAAUUAACAUAUGAAAUGGAUUAUAUAAAAAAUUCGCAUAGUGAUUUGUGUUCUGUUUUUAAUAUUUUGUCAAUUGAUGGUGGAGGAAUACGUGGAGUAUUACCUGCUUUAUUGCUUAAUGAGAUGGAAUAUCGCACUCAUAGACCCAUUUCUCACCUAUUUAAUAUGAUAGCAGGAACAUCAACUGGUGGGAUAAUUGCAGCUGGAUUAUCAGCACCACAAUUUAAAAUAAAUGAUUAUAAUGAAUACGAAUAUUCGGAUUUAAGACCGAUAUUUUCAGCUUCAGAACUAUUGAAUAUUUACAAAAAUGAUUUAGAAAAAUUAUUCACUAAAGGGCGGAGCUUAUUCAACAUAACCGAUAAAUAUACGAAUGAAGGUCGUUCUACUAUGUUUACAAAAUAUUUUGAUAAAACAAGAUUAUCCCAUUCACUUACUGAAUUGGUUAUUCCUGCUACAUAUGAAAAUUACUCGACAAAAUCUUAUUUAUUUACUCGCUAUGAUGCUCGUGAAAAUGAAGAAAACGACACUUUUUUUGAUGCAUUAAUGGCUACAACAGCUGCACCUACUUUUUUCCCGCCUCAUAAAAUCAAGAAUAAAGGUACUUUUUUGGAUGGAGGAAUAUAUCUCAAUAACCCAGCAUUAAUUGCUUAUGAAGAAGCGAUACGAUAUAAAGUGGCAAAUAAAAAAAUAUCGGUACUUUCUCUAGGCACAGGAUGUUAUAUACCAGAUCCUUCAAUGCCCGAUCAAUAUAGAGAUUUGCUUUUUUGGACACAAAAUCAUUCUACGAUUUCUGUACAAGAAUUUGAUACAGAUCGUAAAAUGUUCAGUAGGUUAGGAAAUCUCUAUCAACGAUGGCAAAUCUUUUUUGAAGAACCGAUAGGGUUUGAUGAUUAUAAAAGUAUUCCUAAUCUUUUGGAAUUAGGCUAUCAAUAUAUAGAAGAGCUUGAUUUUUCAGAUGAAAAUCCCAUCAACAA